CGUGGCCAACAUGGCGGAGUACGACUUGACUACCAAAAUUGCUCACUUUUUGGAUAGACAUCUUGUUUUUCCUUUGAUGGAAUUCCUGUCUGCUAAAGAGAUCUAUAAUGAAACUGAGCUUCUACAUGGGAAGCUUGAUCUUCUCGGUGCCACCAACAUGGUGGACUUCGCCAUGGACGUCUACAAGUGUUUGUUCCCUGGCAAGGAAUUACCAAACUCCCUAAAAGAGAAGAGGAGAGCAGUUGUAGGCAAGCUCAGGCAACUUCAGUUCUUGUCUAGACCACUAGACAAAUGCAGUCCAGAGACAAACAGAUGGAUGCAAGGACAGAGGGAUGGGCGUAUGCUGUUUGACUAUUUGGCUGAGAAGCAUGGUUUUCGUCAGAAGUAUUUGGACAGCCUAUCCAAAUACGAGUAUGAGUGUGGGAAUUACUCUGAAGCUGUGGAGUACCUCUAAUUCUUCAGAGUCCUGGUCCCUGCGACGGAUCGGAAUGCGUUGAACUCCCUGUGGGGCAAGCUGGCCUCCGAGAUCCUUAUGCAGAACUGGGAGUCUGCUACGGAGGACCUCACCCGCCUGAGGGAGACGAUCGAUAACAAUACGGUCAGCUCUCCUCUACAGUCUCUUCAGGAAAGGACAUGGCUGAUCCACUGGUCUCUUUGCGUCUUCUACAACCAGCCCAAAGGCUGAGACGUUACUGAGCUAUUCCUGUACCAGCCGCAGUAUCUUGAUGCUAUUCUGGCCAUGUGCCCACAUAUUCUGCCCUAUCUGACCACAGCUGUCAUCACCAACAAGGAUGUGCGGAAGUGUAGGCAGGUCCUGAAGGAUCUGCUCAGAGUCAUCCAGCAGGAGUCCUACACCUACAAAGACCCUAUCCAGAGUUUGUUGGAAAUGUCGCAUGUGAACUUUUACUUUGAUGGCGCUCAGAAAAAGUUAAGAGAGUGUGAAUCGGUGCUGCUAAAUGAUUUCUCCUUGGUGGUGUGUCUAGAAGACUUUAUUGAAAAUGUUCAUCUCUUCAUCUUUGAGACCUUCUGCAGAAUUCACAAGUGCAUCAGUAUAAGCAUGCUGGCAGACAAACUGAAUAUGACUCCCGAGGUGGCAGAAUGAUGGAUUGUCAACCUCAUUCGCAAUGCCAGGUUGGACGCUAAAAUUGACUCCAAACUGGGCCAUGUAGUCAUGGGCAACAAUGCCAUGUCUCCAUACCAGCAAGUUAUGGAGAAGACCAAGAGCCUGUUGUUCUGCAGCCAGAUGCUGGCCAUGAACACUGAGAAGAAGUUGAGCUACAGCACCAGAAACAAGGCACCAAACUGGGCUGCUGUGUUCUUCCUGUUAGUCUUCAGCAUUCCCAACCUGCCACUGACCAUGUCCUCGCCCUCCUCGUGACCUUCAAAGGAGUGUGAGAGGAGCCUUAUUUUACAUCUGGAAUUCAAUAAAAUAUUUUACAAAACACCAUUACGAAACCUUUUUCACCCCGUGCAUACUUUUUUAUUUCUGGACAUUACUAACAGUGGUUGAGGCUAACGUGGUCAAACUCCUUUCCUUAACAGAUGAAGUUUUAAUGUGUGCACUGAGUCACUGAGUGGGACGGGAGUCGAGUCUAUGUUUUCGCGAAGCAGUGCAUGUAUGUGCCGUAAUGAUAAAUGAGUGUUUAGUCUGCUGCAUUUUACGGCUUUAAACCAUAGUGGCCUGCCGCACCUCUGCAGUGGACGCACUUGCACAUGGGAGGGGAGUCGGGGACCGGGGCAUGCUGAGGUGAUGUCAGCCAGCUCCUUACCCUACUCGAUGCCAGUCAUGCCUUCUGUCUGUGCACGGCGACGCUGGGGACUCAUAACCCUCCAUUAGCCAACAACACAAUCAACUUAAUGCCCCCUCCACCUUUACCUCCACCCGUCCUCCUCUUCUCAUCUGGAUCACAACAGCUGUGUUCUCUCUUUUUCUCCCUCUAUAUGUCUGUCUCUCUCUCUCUCUCUCUUGCAUGCUUACUGUCUCCAUCACUUGCUAUCUCUCCAUUUUGCUCUCUUUCUCACACUCACACAGUGGUGGCUAAGACUCAGUCCAUGUCUGUUUUGACCUCCCCAUCAGCUGACACAUUUAUGAGUGCUGUCUCUCUGGUUGAGUGAACAGGGGGCUUACAGCUGCCAUAGUGUUCAGGCUCCAAGCCAGACAACUAAAACGCUGACGUCACCUUUACUUCCACAGCAAUGGAGGGAGAGAGGGAGGGAGCAAGUGAGCAAGUGAGCGGGUGGGCGGGUAGGCAGAUAUCCACGAUGGGAGGAGGCAGCUAAAGUGAUUGGUUUGCCAUGACACAUUAUGAAAAUAAAGCUCUACUAUCCCUUAAUUAUCACAUGUACCUUAAAGAGUGCUGCCUCAGAUGUUGUUUUAGUACGACAUCCAGACCAGCAUCAGACAUGUGGUUGAUGAACCUCUCAACUACGUCUGUCGUUACUCAAAAUAAACAAACAACAGUGCAAAUGGUCCGCACAGAAUUUGGUUAAAACAACUACAUGACCUUUCCUUUUGGUGUUUUUCAUUUUUUAAUCAUUUUUUCAAUUCUUCAUGGUUGCAGGUAUUGCCAUUAAAAAUGGCUUAUAAUGCAACCUUUCUCAUGUUUGCUGGUUGUCUACAUACAUGAAUAAAGCUUUUCUCGUUGUUUUGACAUAAUUAAGGAUUUAAGUUAAAACUAUAGCUUUACCCAGAAUUAGAAGGGACAUAACCUUUUCAUAUGCUGUUGUCACUCAUUAAAUGUGGAUGAAAA